AUGCCUCGCAGCAACCGCUGGCGCAACAUUGAUCGCCUGCUUGGCUUUGACAGGCAUGGCUAUCAAUCUCGCCGCCAAUGGGUUCACGAAGAGGAACAAGCCUUGCUACCCCAUCUACACAAUGAGGAGAUGGACUCUGCUAUUCCGCCGAUCGAAGUUACAAAGGUGUGCCUCCGGCUACGACACCUGGUCCAAGAAUGCGUGCCGUGCGAAAUGGAGGAGAGCCGAAUUACCGCCCCCCAUAGCCGCAUCAUCACGCCGCACGUCAUCCGAGCUGCCAGGGAAGCAGGCGGUCAAGAGCACAAGGGCUGCGUGGUCUAUGCUUUGCUCGUCAAUCAACGCUGGUUCAAGCACGAAGCCAAUGCCGAGCUUUGGGAUGCUAGUCUGCAUCACCUUAGAGCCGAAGCUUGCGGUGUCAUCGCUAAAGCCCUCAUCGAAGAAGAGGAAGACACUGCGUAUCUGCUGCACUCGGUGCUUCUGCGUCGAUACUCGUACAUUGCAAACGGCGCCCCGACGCCCCCCGUCAACGUCAUCGAGAAGGCCGUCGAUUUGCACGCAGUCCGAGUAAUUGGGUCGUCGGGCUACCAGAAAUGCAUCAGCUAUCUCUGGCGCGGCUGGCUGGUGCAGGAUGAGAACGACCCGGCCAUCUUUGUCGACUACAAUGACAAGGAUAAUCCCAACUUCCUGGUCCAUAUGGAUCCGGAUCGGAUGCGAAGCCCCAGGAACCAAAACCUCGCCCAGCUUUUGUUCUCCCUCAUCUAUCUCGCCCUCUUUACCAUUGCUAUCAACACUGUUAACGCUACUGGCGUGAUCGAUAUCGCUGAAGGAGCCCUCUAUGUCUUUACGCUCGGCUACAUCUGCGAUGAGCUCCUCAAAGUCUACAAGGCUGGGUAUCAGAUCCUGGGCUUUUGGAAUGCUCUCAACGGUAUGCUAUACACGUUCUUGACGGCGUCGUUCAUAUUCCGCGUCGUCGGCCUGACAUUCGCGGAGCACACCGAUGGCCGUAUUCACUACAGCACACUUGGAUAUAACAUCCUGGCCUUUACCGCUCCGCUCUUCUGGUGUCGUCUCCUGCUCUACUUGGAUAGCUUCCGAUUCUUUGGAGCCAUGCUUGUUGUUCUCAAAGUUAUGAUGAAGGAGUCUGUGAUAUUCUUUGCUCUGCUCAUUGUCAUCAUCAUCGGCUUCCUACAGGCCUUCAUCGGUCUGGACCUCACUGACGACAAUGUUGCCGAUGAUGUUUGGUUCAUCAUCGAAUCCAUGUUGAGAGCUCUUCUCGGAAGCCCGGAAUUCGAUGGCUUCGAUGGCUUUGGACCCCCCUGGGGUGCGAUCCUGUAUUACUGCUUCACGUUUAUUGUCAUGGUUAUCCUCCUCAACAUCCUCAUUGCACUGUACAAUUCUGCUUACGAGGACAUCUACGAGAAUGCGGACGAUGAAUAUCUGGCGCUGUUUAGCCAAAAGACAAUGCAGUUUAUUCGCGCGCCAGACGAGAACGUCUACAUUGCUCCAUUCAACUUGAUUGAAAUUUUCAUUUCUGCUCUCUUUGAGUGGUGGAUGCCCAAGAAAUCGUACGAAUUCCUCAAUGACUGCGUCAUGGGCGUUCUGUACUCGCCACUGCUCUUCAUCACGGCAUUCUUUGAGAUUCGCACAGCCUAUUCUAUCCGUUCCAACCGGGCUCGCGGUGAAGCGGACGACGAUGUCGUUGAAGAGUGGGAGCAGCUGGCAGACGAAGUUGACUUUGGUGCCGAAGGAUGGUCCAAGAAGUGCGAGGCUGUCAAGCCCAACAUGGAAGAAGACUUGGCCGUUGUCGAGAUCAAGAAACUGCGAAAUGAGCUUGCUGGGUUGAAGUCUAUGCUCACAGAGAUUAGCGACUACGUU